AUGCAUGUAUCUAGUAAUGGCUCCGAACAGCCUCGUAAUAAGAGGAAAGUCAAGACAGGCUGCAAGACCUGCAAACUCCGUCGCGUGAAAUGCGACGAGAGCCGACCAGCAUGUCGGCGUUGUGUAUCAACCGGGCGUGUCUGCGAUGGCUACGGUGUCUGGGGAGGAGGCGGAACUCCCUACGGUCAACCACAGAGUAGCCGUGCCUUAUCAGUCUACUGCACACCGAUUCCCAGUGGCAGCAUGACCCCCGACGAACAAGCCUACUUCGACUGGUUCUUGGAGAAAACCACAAAAAAGUUCGCUGGUCUCUUUGCAUCCGACUUCUGGGAGACAUUAGUCCUGCAGGCAAGCGCUCAAGAACCAGCCGUGCGUCACGCAGUAGUUGCAUUAUCCGCAGCCCACAGGUUCGAUCUUAAUUAUGAACCGUGGACAAUCCCUGCGACAUACAGCUAUGACGCAGAACAAUACACGUUACAACAAUACAAUAAAGCUAUUCACCAUUUACGCACAACGACUGGUGUUAGCCAGAAACAUAGUUUGCGAGUUGCCUUGAUCACCUGUAUGCUUUUCGUGACACUGGAAUAUCUGCGCGGGCAGUACCAAAUGGGCAGUGCGCACCUGCGUUAUGGAAUUCAAUUGCUUUCUCAGAUUUCAUCACCGAAGCCUCGUUCGUUGAUGGCACCGAGUCUUCUUAGUCCAGCAGAGGACUUUACUCAUAAUGCCCUGAUCGAUUCUUAUUCGCGCUUAACUAUUCAAUCAGCUAUGUUUGGACAUAUCCCAUCACAUAUGUGUACCGUGACACGCGAUCCACAAUUUCAUGCAAUCCCAUACACUUUUUCCUCCGUGCUAGAAUCGAGACAAACUCUUGACGACCUAUUGAACAGAGUCCACUGCCUCAAAAGACACUAUUAUGACAUACGAGCAUCACAAAGAACUACAAGUGAUGCGUCAAUGCUAGAGACGCAGCAGAAAAUCCAGACAGAUUUGUCUCUUUGGCGCAAAGCAUUUAACAUCUCUCUUACUCGUCUUGAAUCAGAGGCGACUCGUCAAGAAAAAUGCGGAUAUUUGCUGCUACGUAUAUAUCAUGAAAUGGCAACAGUAAUGGCCGCUGUUUGUCUUUCGGACGAUGAGAUGAUAUUCGAUUCUUACACAGAAAACUUCGUUGCUAUCUUAUCGGGGUUCAGAGAUAUUUGGAACUUCUGGAUUACUAGUUUGGGUUUCCAGGCUCAAGAAAUCGAGGAUAUACUCAAUGCUCCUGAGGCAUCUUGUUCGUCCCACGGGUUCACCGUGGAGCCUGGCUUCAUUCCUCCCGUAUACUAUGCGGCGCUUAAAUGUCGUAUUCCUCAAAUUCGACGAGGAGCGAUCAGGAUUCUCAGGUCUGCUCCACAUAGAGAAGGGGUAUGGAACGGACCACUCCUGGCCCAUGUGUUGGAUGAGGUGGUGGAAAUUGAAGAAGACGGGAUUGUUUAUAAGGAUUCCGGUCUUCCUGGGCCUAUGAUUUGGGAUGACCUAUCAGGCAAGAAGUUUGAGUGCCCGUCCAUUAAAUUGUCAUCGCGCAUUUCAGAUGCAGCGGUUAUAUUGCCUGACCGGGUCAGAGGAGACACAUUUAUAAGUUAUAAGAAGUUAGAAGGGGGUCAAUGGUUAUCUUAUAAGCGGAAAGUAAGGCCUGGAUGGAUCGGAGACCCAGAGCCGUUGUUCAGUUUCUCUCGAAGAUCUUGUUCAAGUUCGUAA